CCGUGGCGGAGGCUGGAGCGGGGCGGCGGGAUGCAGCGACCCGGGCCCUUCAGCACCCUCUACGGGCGGGUCCUGGCCCCGCUGCCCGGGCGGGCCGGGGGCGCGGCCUCUGGCGGAGGAGGGAGCAGCUGGGGCGUUCCGGGUUCCCACGUGCAGUUGCCGGGACGCGCGCAGUUCGGCGCUGGCGGCACAAGUACAGCUGGCGGGGACGCUAACAGCGUCUGCCCGGCCCCCUCCACGAUGUCCAAGGCCGAGGAGGCCAAGAAGCUGGCGGGCCGCGCGGCCGUGGAGAACCACGUGAGGAAUAACCAAGUGCUGGGAAUUGGGAGCGGUUCUACAAUUGUCCACGCUGUGCAGCGAAUAGCUGAAAGAGUGAAACAAGAGAAUCUGAACCUCGUCUGUAUUCCCACUUCCUUCCAGGCCCGUCAGCUCAUCCUGCAGUAUGGCUUAACUCUCAGUGACCUGGACCGACACCCAGAGAUUGACCUUGCCAUCGAUGGUGCUGAUGAAGUCGAUGCUGAUCUCAAUCUCAUCAAGGGUGGAGGAGGCUGCCUGACCCAGGAGAAAAUUGUGGCUGGCAAUGCCAGUCGCUUCAUCGUGAUUGCCGAUUUCAGGAAAGAUUCAAAGAACCUCGGGGAUCAGUGGCACAAGGGAAUCCCCAUCGAGGUCAUCCCGAUGGCCUAUGUCCCAGUGAGCCGAGCUGUGACCCAGAAGUUUGGGGGUGUGAUUGAACUUCGAAUGGCUGUCAACAAGGCAGGUCCUGUGGUGACGGAUAAUGGGAAUUUUAUCCUGGACUGGAAGUUUGACCGGGUCCACAAAUGGAGUGAAGUGAACACAACUAUCAAAAUGAUCCCAGGCGUGGUGGACACGGGCCUGUUCAUCAACAUGGCGGAGAGAGUCUACUUUGGGAUGCAGGACGGCUCGGUGAACAUGAGGGAGAAGCCUUUCUAAACUGGCCCUGCAGGAGCGGAGUGUGUUCCCCUUGUGUCCCCAGCCCGCCGCCGAGGCGGACAUGCCUCUCCAGGAGCCUUUGCCUUAAUGUAUCUGUGCCAGGUGGACACUUGGCAGGGUGGGGGGUUGAGGGUUAAAUCUGGUCUUCUGAAGUAUUGUUAUUAAAUGUCUUUUUAAAAAGAGAAAUAUAAACAUAUAUAUUUUUACUAUUAAAAAUACUUAGUUGUUUUUUUAUAAAGUAGAACUUGAUUUCAUGUUUUAUAUGAAACAUUUACCAAAAAAAAGGAGGACUGUCUUUUAAACUUUUACCUUGAGCCUGCUGGUUACGGUGAAGCCUCUGAAUAUUGGGUUUGCUGAGAAAUGUAAAUCAAACUUUUCUUUAAACUGGUGAGAUGAAGGGCCCAGCCAGCAGCGAUUCCCUGAUGCCUUACUGGAAACACUGGAGUUUGUUUACUUUUCUACCACACUGUUUUAUUUUUCGUUUUUGUUGUGUACAGACGCACAGUGUGUAGUUACGUGUUGUAAGAUGUGAAUGACAGAAAUCCGGUGAGCGUAGGGGUGUGGUGUGUGUGACUCAGAGUGUGUAGACCACCAGGGGGAAAAUACGGGGGCUCUUUUGCCGAGAACAGGGGGUUCAUUCAGACCCCUCUUGUUGGAAGCCGUUGGCUGGAAGUACUUGCCAGUACUGCCAAAGCACUGCUGUGAAACACCUUUAAAUGAUUGUCUUUUCGUCGUUAAUAUUUUUUUCCUUUAUUGUUAUGUGCAUGGUUCGGCAUCAGAAGUUGUUACCUCUUUAUAUUGUUUGAAGGUUGAAAUAAAACAGUAUGGUGCCGUUUUGACUGUUUGUCUUUACUAUAGAAUUUUUGUCAGUUUUGCAGUAAAAUAGGAAUCAGUUUUGCUCACCCACUUUACAUCGGAUCUUUGAUAAGGGGUAGAAUUCACUCAAGCAAUCUUGAGCCAAAGAGUAGACAAAUAUUACCUUUAUUUCUGAGAGAGCUUGAUGUCAGUUUUAUUCCAGAGACCUCUGUCAAAUAAGACAUUAGUUUUCUUUAUUAAUAGAGGAUGACACAGCUGAACAAAAGUCACAAAUUAUCCCCAAGUUUCACACCGGUCAGACUUUCGAUCCUGGAAGCUGAAAAGCAGUAAAGUGGGUAACCUGACUUUUCUCUGUGUUCUCCCGGUCUGUAAUCUUCGCAGUGUGCCUAACGAGCAGUGAACCGUCCAGAAAGCCUCCGAUGGGAACGGAAAGGCUGUGAUCAGCUCAGUGAUGAUUCUAGAUGGGACUCGGGAAUCCAUCCUGUUGCAAAGGUGUUUGUGCGGAGAGCCCUGAUUCCCCCCCGCCAUGUGCUGACUUCGCACGAUCCUUAGACAGUCAUUUCACUCGCCUUGGCCUCUGUUCUGAAGCUUGGAUUAUAGCUGCCAAACUUAGUGGCAUUGGAAUUCCUGCGAAAUCAAGUUGCAGGAAAAAAGUCAAUCAAUCAGGACUGAGCACUGACGAGGCUUUCUUUGCUGAAUUCCUUCUCUUCUUUACUCUUAAGGUGCUGAUUAAAAAUAGUUGCCUCACACAUUGUUAGGAGACCUAUUGUUAGGAGCGCUUUAUUUUUCUCCAAGACUCUUUUGGUCUGGGUGAUAGGUAAUUUUUGCACAAAAUGGGCACUAGGUCUUAGCUGAGAAAACUUUUGAUAGAACUGAUUUUUGGAAUGAUCCUUUAAAGCUCUUGGAUUAAAUUCAUAAAGAUAAAGGCAUAAAGAUAAAGGCAUAAAGAUAAACAAAGUUAAACUGGGCUUCUGAAAAACGCCUGCACGCUCCACAGUACGUGUAAAUCCUCAGAGACUUUCAUACACCUUCACACCUGUGACCCAACUGCAGUUCCCUUAAGUGUGAAUGUGAGGUUUUUCUUCUCGUGAAGAAGAAAAAAACACCUGCUGUGCUUCAGGUACGCAUACAGCAGUUUGUUCUAGAGGUCAAUUUUGAUUAAAGUUUCUUCAAUAAAGUUGUUAGUAAAUGUGAUCUUGUUGGAUGGACACAAUUUGCAGGCUUGCGAUCCGUUGGAGGGGCACAGGGCAAGCUGCAAGUCCGGUGUUUGGGAAAAGUUUAUAACCAAGUUAAGCUGCCACCUUUCUGGGAGACAUCAAAGGGGAAAAACAAUCACUUGGAUUUGAAUCAGAUCGAUUCUACUUUGGUUUCAGCUAGAGCUCAUCAAGUUUUGAUACUCUUCAAUCAUCAAGUGUUUUUCAAUCAAGUCCCCAUCACGUGCCAGUUCUUAGUGGGGAGUAGU